GGAAUAACAUAUUGGCUAAGAGAUUGAAUAUCAUUAACGAUGCUUUAAAAGACCUAACAGAACUCGAAAGGUUUUUCUAAGGCUCAGAAACAAUAAAGUCUGAGGAUCUCGGGGUUCUUCUGUCUCUAAUCUUGUCUUAUUCAAAUCCUCAAAAAGAGUGAUUCAAUGGCGAAGGAACUGGCGGAAAAAGCUAAAGAGGCGUUCUUAGAUGACGACUUCGAUGUGGCUGUUGACUUAUACUCCAAAGCCAUUGACUUGGAUCCCUCUUGCGCCUCCUUCUUCGCCGAUCGUGCUCAGGCCAACAUCAAACUCCUUAACUUCACCGAAGCUGUUGCAGAUGCCAACAAAGCCAUCGAGUUGGAGCCUACUUUGGCCAAAGCUUAUCUCAGAAAGGGCACUGCUUGUAUGAAGCUAGAAGAGUAUGCUACUGCUAAAGCAGCUCUUGAGAAGGGCGCUUCCGUUGCACCUAAUGAAUCCAAGUUUGAGAAGAUGAUAGAUGAAUGCAACCUUCUCAUUGCAGAAGAAGAGAAAGAUUUGGUUCAACAGGUGCCACCGACUUUGCCUUCAAGCUCUACAACACCACUAGCAACCGCAGCUGAUGCUCCUCCUGUUCCAAGCCCUGCACCACCUGCCAAACCUAUGUUCAGGCACGAGUUCUACCAGAAGCCAGAGGAGGUUGUGGUGACAAUUUUCGCUAAAGGAAUACCAAAGCAGAACGUGAAUGUAGAGUUUGGUGACCAGAUUCUGAGUGUUGUAAUUGAUGUUGCUGGAGAAGAAGCGUAUCAUUUCCAGCCAAGAUUGUUCGGGAAGAUAAUACCAGAGAAGUGCAGGUAUGAGGUAUUGUCAACCAAAGUUGAGAUCCGUCUCGCAAAAGCAGAGAUAGUCACUUGGGCCUCCCUUGAAUAUGGCAAAGGGCAAGCUCUUCUGCCUAAACCCAAUGUUGCAUCAGCAGUGUCUCAGAGGCCGGUGUACCCAUCCUCUAAGCCGGGAAAAGACUGGGACAAGCUGGAAGCUGAAGUGAAGAAACAGGUUCCUCUUUUAGCUCCACAAGCUUGGCUUUACUUUAUUUCAUACUAUUUCUGCUUAUCGCUUUUGAAUGUGCAGGAGAAGGAUGAGAAGCUAGAUGGAGAUGCAGCUAUGAACAAGUUUUUCAGCGACAUAUACCAGAGUGCAGAUGAGGACAUGAGGCGAGCCAUGAACAAAUCAUUUGCAGAGUCGAAUGGGACGGUGCUGUCUACGAACUGGAAGGAGGUUGGGACAAAGAAAGUGGAGAGCACUCCACCAGAUGGCAUGGAGCUGAAGAAGUGGGAGUAUUGACCAUCUUUUUAAAUCCUCUUUUCUGUUUCUUUGUCAAAAAUUAUGACAAAUCUUUAAACAUAAGUUUCUUUUGGUUUUUGCUUGAAUCUGUCUUCUACAUUCUUGUGUUGUGUUAUGAGUAAACGUUAAAAGUUUUUUGUUCUGUUC